AUGUACGAGUUGAAGGAUGUUCCAGGGAAGGGAAAAGGUCUUGUUGCAACCGCAAAGAUUCCACAGGGCACACGGAUUCUCUGCGAAGAAGCUGUCAUCCGAGUCCCUCAUAUUCAUGACCAACGGGUCAAUAAAAGUUUACAGAGAUGCAUCUGCCAGCUAGUCAAUGCGCUAACUGAACAACAGCGACUGGCAUUCCUCUCUCUACACAAUAAUUACCCUUACAAGAAUCACGCCGAACAAUACAUCGGGAUCAUCCGCACAAACGCCUUCUCAAUCGAGGACGACGGGACCGGAGGAGGAGUUUUCCUCGAAGCAAGCCGCAUCAACCAUGCUUGCGAUAACAACUCCCAGAAGGGUUGGAACGAGAAUAUCAAGCGACAUACUGUCCACGCACUACGAGAAAUCAACGACGGUGAAGAAAUUACCAUUUAUUAUCUAGCGGUCCACAACAGUCGGCAAGCCCGACAGGAGGCGCUACGAGCAAAAUUCAACUUUUCAUGCUCCUGUCGUAUUUGCUCGUUGCCACGCAAACAAAUAAAAGAGAAUGAUGAGAUACUGAAAGAGAUUGAUCAUCUGGAUUAUCUCGUCGGCCAGUGUGGCCUUCAGGGAAUUUUAUCAUCCCCUCUCCGAACCCUGCGCUACCUUGACCGAGAGAUUCAGCUAUAUAAUAUGACGGGCCCAGAUGACCCAGGCUUAUCAAGGGUGUAUAUGGAUGCUGCACAAGUUGCUAUUGCGCAUGGUGAUUUGGCAAGAGGGCGCAUCUUUGCAGAAAGAGCUGUACGAAGUUGGCGGAUUUCCGGCGGUAGUGAUAGCAAAAAUGUGAUUAAGUUUGGGACACUGCCACAGAACCCCUCACAGCUACAGCUAUACGGAAUGUCAAUGCAAUGGAAGACGGCAGUGGAUGACGUUCCAAACGCAUUUGAAUCUACAGAGUUGGAAGACUGGUUGUGGAAGAGGGGAAAAUCGCCAAGUUCGGGGGCGCAGGUAGGUCUUCACGACCGCGCGAUCUUCCCUGCCUUCAGCGGUCUUCCAGAUAAUCGAGAUGUAGAUUUGAAUUUUUAUAGGACCUCGGACCAGCCACAUCAGCAUUGGUGCUUUCUAGCGGAAAUUCUGAACUUCGAUUUUCUCACCCGUCUACAUAUGGAGAUAAGGGAUGUCGACGGGAGGAAAAUCCCUCUAUUUUUCUAUACUGAUGGUCGAGGACGCGAGUUAGAGUUUGCGAAAAUUCAAAGAGGCUAUACCAUAGCAAUUCUCUACGCACAACAGCACGCUUUCCUGUAUGACAAGCCAGGUAUCCGUCAUGAAGACCCGGCAAGGGUGAAGGUAAAAACCCGCACUAUCAUUCUACUCCCCGAAGAUACUAAUACACUUUACUCGACGCAGAUACUUCCAACUUCGCUGGAAAGCCUCCUUGGAUUGAGCGAUCAAAUUCGGCGUUUUGGGGCAGAGUCUGAUGGACGUAAGAAAUGUCACGGAUGUGGAAAAAGCUCAACUUCCAUGAAAAAGUGCUCUAAGUGCUCUUUCUUUUGGUAUUGCGAUAAGAUCUGUCAAACUCGUGGCUGGAAAGAAAAGUCUCAUAAGACCAGUUGCAAACUUCUCCAAGAUCCCGAUUUGAGGGGCAUGUUCCUCCUCGACUGGAGGCAGUUUAACAAAUAUCUUAGCUUUCCCCUCUCUGUCAACACUAUUGAAUUCACAGAGAAAUAUGGAGAUGAACAGGUUGCCGCAAAGACUAGCAAAGAUGCCAUCCAACCGUCUGGCAACCACACGCCAUUAGAUCAAUAG